AUGAGCCCGAUCUUAAGCGUUUCUACAAAGAUUGAGAUCGCUGCCUCGCCAGCGAUUGUCCGAUCCGUGUUCUUAGACUUUGCUCGCUAUUCGCAAUGGCAGCCCGGUUGGAAUAUUCAACCUGCCGAACCUGGCAAGCAGCCUAUCGACCUAAAGUCGGGAGACGGCCUGAAAGUUAACAUGAAUGGAAGCUCACACAACCCAGUGAUAGUGGAGAAUUCGCCCGAAUCCUUUCAGUGGGAAGGAUCGCUAUUCGGACUGGCCAAGGGCGUCCACCAGUUUCAUUUCACCCCAAGCGAAACAACUCCAGGAAGCACCACUUUCACUCAAGGAGAGGAUUUUCGAGGACUUCUAAUCACACUCUCCUCGCCAUGGUGGAAUUCGAGAAAGUUUGACUUAUCUCCAUGGGACAAAUUCAAUGCUGAUUUGAAGAAUGAAGCUGAGAAAGCCUCGAAACAAAUUCCAGAGGCAGAGCACUAG